UAUGAAAGAGACUUUUUAUACGCCGUUAGAGAUAAGUCCUCUUCACUCAAAAUGCCUGAAAUCCUCCAAAAAGAAGGAAAUCGUGAAAUCAUUCGUAAAGAAUCAAGCGGUGGUCACACUGAAGACGCGCCGCUCAACUUCUUUAUGCCCACAUAUGUUAAGUCUAACAGUAGAAUAGGAACGGUUCCGGGCCGACGGGUCAGUACUGGAAGACAACCCGAGACUAAGAAUCGAAAGAUUAUUUCUACUUCUCUGACACAAGACGUGAAACUCCACACAACAGAGAACGCGUGGAAACCGUUGGCGAAACAGUUUAAAGACGUGGCCGAUCCCGACGAACAGGAAACUCUGGAACUGCUUAAGAAAAUUCGAGGAAUUCUGAAUAAACUGACGCCACAGAAGUACGACGACUUGAGUAAACAAAUCCUGUCCUUCAAAAUCGACACCGAAGACCGACUCAAACGAGUCUUAGACCUGGUGUUCGAGAAAGCGGUGGACGAACCGGCCUUUUGUCUACAAUAUGCAAAUCUUUGCAAACAUUUGUCCAAAUUUAAAGUUAUGGUCAAUAAGGAAGAGAACGCCGAAGAAGUGAAGUUUCUUAAACUACUUCUUCAUAAGUGUCAGAAGGAAUUCGAAGCAGACAUUUAUGCGUCGAUUACUGAUUUGAAGGAACGACAAGAAGAGAUCGAGAAGUGCACUGAUCCGCAGCAGAAGAAGUUCAAGAGGGAAGUGCUCGACGAAGACAUGAGGAGAGCCCGCAAGAGAAGUUUGGGAAACAUUAAACUGAUUGGAGAACUCUAUAAGUUAAAUAUGUUGAAAGCGAAUAUUAUGGUUCAGUGCAUUGACAACCUUAUCAAAGAUGCGGACGACGAGUCUCUCGAAUGUCUUUGCGCUCUCUUGAGGACAAUUGGAGGACAGAUCGAAUUGGAAGCGUCCAAAAGUCAACAGCAGACUAUGCUUUUGGACGCAUUCUUUGGGAAAAUGCAAAACGUUGCCGACCAUAAGGACCCCAAAGUGAAGGGCACGUCGGCUCGCGUGCGCUUCAUGUUGAGAGACAUUAACGAUAUGCGAAGGAAUGGUUGGAAGGCUCGGAGGGACGAGAAUCUGCCCAAAAUGAUCGAUGAAAUCCAUUCGGACGCUCAGAAAGAAGACGAACAGAUGAUUAGAGACCGUCACCAGCACUCCAGUAAGAAACAGCAGGAGGAAAGGGAUCACAACAAAAAGGGCGGACGACAGGGCAACGAAUCGGGCGAAGGCGGCGCUCAAUGGACAACAGUAAUCGGCCGAAAGAGUCAAAACGCUUCCCAACCCAACAUUGACUGGCAGAAGAUGCGGAAUAUG